AUGGCUUUCCGUCACUGUGGUCUGGUCUUUCUCCAAUUGCUACUCCUGGUCAGCUAUACAGAAGCUUCACAGGCGACCCCUGAGCUGGAGCGUCGUCUAAACGCUUGCGCCAUAGACUCGAAACCACUGGCAUACAGCACUGCUUCGAAGCUACGAGCGAAGGGCUGGGUCGAACAACCGAAUUAUCGUGGGACUUUCGAUAUUCUUUGGGUAUCCCUUGUGACAAUCGGUAUUAGCACAUAUACCAUGUUAUGCCUGAAUCUACCAGCACCGAAAGACACAUAUGUGCAGCUCGUCUAUCGCCGAAUACUAUGGAUGCUCCUAGGUAUCAUUGGCCCAGAGUUCGUUCUUACAUACGCUGCUGGUCAGUGGAGUAGAGCGAAAUGGUCCGUCAUCGCCUUUCGAGACGAACAUCCAGAAUGGCAUAUGCGACAUGCCUUCUUUGCAGAUAUGGGUGGCUUCGUGCUUCACACCCACGACGGAACAGUGUUUCCCGUCAAUGCUUUGCAGUUACACUGGCUCGUCCGUCACAACUACAUCGAGUUUCCGAAUAUAACGAGGCGCGAAGUGUGGGACAAGUCGAAACAAGACACCUUCACAAAGGUCAUCACCGCUUUCCAAGUCGGAUAUCUGGUCAUUCAAUGCUCUGCUCGGGCGGCCCAGAGGCUGACAAUUACCACUCUUGAGCUCAAUGCUCUUGCCAUCGUUGUCUUGGCUGAUAUGAUUGGCAAUCUUGAGUGGGACCUUACACCGCUUGAUCAUGUCGACCCCAACGGCCCUGCUUACUCAGUGAACGUGCAACCUUUUAUGGGUAUGCCAGUUUUACCCGAAGAACGGCCAAUACAACGAAUCCCGAACGAUAGGUUUCCGACAAAUCCAUAUGGCGCGCAAGAAUACUUGUUGUGCUUCGCUACCCUACUAUUCACAGCAAUACAUGUCGCUGGUUGGCACUUCGACUUCCCCACAAAUACUGAACGACUUCUUUGGCGCAUCUCAUCACUUCUGCUUUUUGGGAUAACGGUUGCUUUCUGGUUUUUCGAGACCAUUGCAUCGUGGACACGACUCGGGCGCUGGAAGACGGUUUACCUCUACAUGUUCAACCGGCAGGGACUACAGAGACAUCGACGCGAUAUGACGCGUAAACAGACCCUUCAACCCCAGCGCAAAAUGUCGGAGCUGCCGGUGCUGUGGGAGUUUAUCACGAUCACUCCUAUGGCCAUCAUAUAUGGCAUUGCCAGACUCUAUCUCAUUGGAGAGGCUUUCGCCGAGCUGAGAGACGUAAAUGCAUCCGCUUACGUUAAUGUAGAGUGGACCAAUUUCGUUCCACAUAUAUAG